AGAGAAGUCGCUUUGACGAGGAGCAGAAGAGCUGCAGUGAAGACAUUAAUUAAAUUAACGUCGUGAAGAAGUAAAGAAAUGGCUCGUACCAAGCAGACAGCCCGUAAAUCUACCGGAGGAAAGGCGCCAAGGAAGCAGCUCGCCACCAAGGCAGCCAGGAAAAGCGCGCCCUCCACAGGCGGCGUGAAGAAGCCCCACCGUUACAGGCCUGGCACCGUGGCUCUCAGGGAGAUCCGUCGCUACCAGAAGUCCACCGAGUUGCUGAUCCGUAAGCUUCCCUUCCAGCGCCUGGUGAGGGAGAUCGCUCAGGACUUCAAGACCGACCUGCGUUUCCAGAGCGCUGCCAUCGGUGCUCUGCAGGAGGCCAGUGAGGCCUACCUGGUGGGUCUGUUUGAGGACACCAACCUGUGCGCCAUCCACGCCAAGCGGGUCACCAUCAUGCCCAAAGACAUCCAGCUGGCUCGYAGGAUAAGGGGCGAGAGGGCCUGAAGCCAUGUGGUCUCUUUGUCCUGACAUGCUCCUAUUUAUCAAACCAUUUUGUGGACAUUUUUUAUUUUAUUUUUAAGUUUUGACUUUUGUAUUUUUUAGAAUAAUACAAUAAAGGAACCAUUCCACAAACGUGAUUACACUAAGGGAAGUUUCUACCUGCCACGUUUUGGGUCAUCAUAAAUGUACCCCGUCACAUGUCACGCAGUCUUUACCAGCUUUUAUUUUUAUUUUUCCCCAGAGACAGYGUUUCUUUACUGUAGUACACCAUAAAACCACAACACCCCCAUCCUGGUGCUCCUCACUGCAGCACCAGGACUUCACCAGGACUUCASCAGUCCUGUUCAUUGGCUCUCAGUGAUGAUGUCACAAACCCUCCCCYUCUUUUCUGGGCUCAUUUUUACAUGUUUUCUCCAACAAACUUUGGCAGCUACAUUUAAUAUUUAUGAAAUGUUGUCACAUGUCUUUCUAUUAAAGGUCUUUAUGGAUA